UAUACACACAGUAUUCUACACAGUUAUUUUAUCACAAUUCUCAAAAAACCAUAGAAACGUUGUCCGAACUCUCGAGGAAAUAAAAAAGAAAAAAAUCCCUCCCUCUUCCUCCCGCGAAACGGAACAAAACAAAACACGUGGAAAGCGGAGAAAGAAUCAUCCCCAGCCGAGUGAAUCCUCGAGCGACUAUCUCAAUCCGAGCAGAGGCAAGAAAGAUCACCAGCAACGGGACAAAAUUAAACGACCUCAUCAUCAUUAGAACCCGGCCACCUAAUUACCGGGAAUGUCUUAGACGCGGAUGACAUCGUCAACGAGCACAGACAAUCGGGCGCCGGAGGAGAAGAUGCGAGGCACCCUCCUCGCAUCUCCCCUCCUCUCCCUCCUUCCCUCCAUCCCUCCGUCUUUCACUUCCACACUACAUCCGCGUGACAAGUAAGGAUGAGACGGAUCGGUGUGCACGAGGGGAUGAAAGCUUAUUAAUAGGGGGUUUCUCGAGGGGUAAGGGGGAGGAUAGAGGGCCUAGAGGGAGAGGGCAACAACGAGGCCUUGAGUUGUUGUUUCCGUUUCCGUCCCGUGGCAGCGCAAGAGGCACGAGGAGGGAGGAAAAAAGUAACAGACUCCCCGCAAAUAACCCUCCCCCUCCCCCUGGACUCCUCGACGCUGGGCGUGGCCAAGGUCUCGGCGGUGAUGGCAACGCUUGGCCAAUCGAGGCCCGCCGUCGCGCAACCCCCCCCCUUCUCGUCGGCCACCUUGAGCCUCGAGGGUGAAAAAAUAUUGACCGUGGCGAAGGGGGGUAUUCUGCGGUCCAUUUGGGGGUUGCGGAGGUGAAACACACAACGUCGGACCGCUGAUUGCUGACUGGCGAGGAGUGGCGAGCGGGGAGGAGGGGUUGGUCGGGUGAAUACCCCCUCCUCCUCCUCCUCUUCCUCCUCCACCCCCGCCUCGUCACGUACGGGAUCAUUAGCCGGAUAUAUCCUUAGUCCUGCUCGCCAACCCUCUCCGAUAGCAGUGAUCCUCGUGGCUGACAUCAUUAUCCUGGGACGACGUGCAGCGCCAGCGCGGCUCGGCCAUCCUUCGGGGUUGGUCUUCCCCUUCGUCGUCAUCGUUCCAGUGUUCGGUUCCUCGUGUUCCUCGUUUCCCCCUCGUCUCGCGUUACGCGUUUCGUCGUCGAAACUGUCCGGGUCCCACCGGGACGCGGGUAUAACCUCGUCUUUGUUUUCCGAGCCGGGGUAUUCGUGUUUUCCAGGGGCGAGGGGGGAGGGGAGGGGGAGGGAGUGAUGUCGCGCGGCAACGAUGUCCGCCGGCAACGGGUCGCCACUCCGUGACACUGUGCUUCGGCCCUCUGUGUUUCGUGAUAAGGGAAUUUUUGGAGAGGAGAUGGACGAUCCGUGUGAGUGAAUUCGAUUCGGGAUUCGGUGGAUUCUUCUGGUGGAAUUCUGUGUCGAUGUACAGGAAAUAUAAGUUGUACGGAAUAUAAGUAUCGAAGAGUGGGCCUGUCUUUUUUUUUUUUUUUUGGAUAUACGCGAUUAUGGAGACGAGCGAUCCGUCGGGCAGAUUGGCCGUCGAGGAUCUGUCCGACUGCCGAAGCGAGAGCAGCCACUCGGAGAGCCAGAUGCGAGCGUUUCAAGAUUACGAGCGGAUCAAGGAGUUGAAUUUGUCCGUGGACAAGUCGAAGGACGAUUGCCAGAUCGAGCCGAAAGACUUUCACCUCGGUUUAGAAUCGGGCAGAUCGUCCAUCAUCCGUUUCGACGAAUUUGAGAACGCAGGCAGGAAUCAUCCGUUGACGUUGAACAAGGGUAAAGAAUUCGGUUACGUGGCGGCAGGUUUGAACGAAAUGGCGUAUACUUUGGACAGAUCGAGUGAGAACGACGAGUCGUUGGAGGCCGGGAAUCUGUGCAGGACCAAGAAUCCGACGGCCAAGGAUCUUCUGUUCAAUCUUCGCGAGAACAGGCACAAGAGCGCGCACGCGACGUUGUCGUUGUCCGACAGGUACGCAGGGAAGGAUUUGAACUUCGCCGUAUCGGAGAAGGACAUCAAGGAUUUCGGCCUGUUGAAGAAUUACAGCAUCGAUCGGAUGAAGGAGUUUAAUCUUUCGUUGGACAGGAUGAGGGACAGUCAUUUCGCGCUGGAGAGACUUCGGGGGGGAGGUGGAGGAUUGUUGGAGAAUCCACCGAUGUUGGAGCACGGAGAGUUGAAGAAUAUGCAGAUGCAGUCGAGGAGCCAAGAUCUCGAGGCGAUCGCGCUCGAACGCAUGAGACGAUCUCAUCUGUUGGGCGCCGAUCUCUCCGCCCAGAAUCUGUCCACCCAGAUACCGCAUCCCCAUUCCAUCACGCAGAUGCAACACUCGCAGCAGCAGCAGCAACAGCAGGCCAAAUCGUUUACCAUCGACGCGAUUCUCGGGUUGAGGAAUAAUCCUAGGGAGAAACGGAAUCAGCAACAGCAGUACAGGAAGCAUCAGGGUCAGGAAGGUGGCGCGAAGAACGGUGGCUCGAGCUCGUGUUCCGGCGGCGGCGGCAAGUUGAAGAGGGUGCGUACGAUCUUCACGGCCGAGCAAUUGGAGCGGUUGGAGGGAGAAUUCGCGCGACAACAGUACAUGGUCGGGCCGGAGAGGCUUUACCUGGCGCACGCACUCAGGCUGACCGAGGCUCAGGUGAAGGUCUGGUUCCAGAAUCGGCGGAUCAAGUGGCGGAAGCACCACCACGAGCAACAGAGCCAGAGGGUGCACGAGUUCCAGCGUACCCUCAACUCGUCCCUGGAGCACGAGGACAGCAACGAGGCCGACAAAUGGUGAAAAGAGUCCGCGU